GAAAUGAAACAUAAAGGUUUAGAAAAAAAGAUAAACUGAAAGAAGCCUUUUUCACGGGGAUUGCUUAAGACAGAUAAUAUCUAUGGUCUACCUACUUCCCUUGACAUGAUACCAUUGCUUAUACUCUGGCUCAAUACUCAAUACACAGCACACACUUUACAAAAGGACUUCUCCCACGUCUCUGAUAAAGACAGUCUUAAAAACAGCUUUUUUCUUGUUAACUCGCGUGCCUCAAGAAAGGAGGGAUGAAGCUACAACUUUUGAUCAUUGCAGUUUUGAAGUAUUUGGUCCUAACCAAUCAAGAAGAAAGAGGACAGCAGCUCCCGACAACAACGAGAUUUCUCUUUGACGAUGAUACCUUUUACAAUUUUACAACUUUUCCGGAUGAAGACGGAUCAUCUGUUCCUUGCAGUACAACUGCACCUGGAUUCAGUAGCUUGGGCCUGAUGAUCACCUACAUCAUCGUGUUCGUCUUCAGCAUGGUAGGCAACAGUGUAGUUGUCUAUGUGGUUUGUUAUAUGAAGAAAGGUAGAACCAGCACAGAUAUUUACUUGAUGCAUCUGGCACUAGCAGACCUCCUCUUCAGUCUUACGCUCCCAUUCUGGGCCAUCGAUGCUCAUUCUGGUUGGAUCUUCGGCAACUUUUUGUGCAAAGUCCUGUCAGGCUUUCAGGAGGCGUCAGUAUACAGUGGUGUCUUCCUGCUGGCUUGCAUCAGUGUGGACCGCCACUUUGCCAUUGUGAGAGCUAGACGUGUGCUGUCCUCCCAUCACCUGUUGGUGAAAGUGGUGUGCAGUGUGGUGUGGCUGGUGGCUGGACUGCUGUCCUUACCCCAUGCAAUUCAGAAGCAGAGCAUGCAUGCAGUAGACCUAGACCAGACCAUUUGCUAUGAAAACCUAACUGGUGAAAGCAGUGACCACUGGCGCGUCAGCAUUCGUGUUCUGCGUCAUACAAUGGGCUUCUUCCUGCCACUCUUGGUGAUGACUGUCUGCUACGGCUGGACUUUGGUGACGCUGUUUCACACACGCAGUCACCAAAAGCAUAAGGCCAUACGCGUGAUCCUGGCUGUGGUGUUCACGUUUGUUCUGUGCUGGCUGCCUUACAACGUAACUGUACUGAUUGACACGCUCAUAAGGGGUGGUACACUUGAAGUGGGGACAUGUGAAACUCAGUACAGAGUGGAAGUGACUCUAAACGUGACACAGAUGUUAGCCUUCAUGCACUGUGCAGUGAAUCCAGUGCUGUACGCCUUCAUUGGGCAGAAGUUUCGUAACCAGCUGCUCUCAGCUCUCUACAAAAAUGGCCUCAUCAGCAACAGGGUCCGGAUGGUUUACAGGAAGGGCUCUGUCAACAGUGCAGGGAGCACCAAAUCUAGACUCACCUCUGCUACUAUGUAAAAAAAAAAGAAAAACAACUCAUUUACAGGUUUGGGUGGUGGUCAUUUUCAUUUGCCCCUUCAAAUGAGGCCAAAUGAGGAACGUGUAGGCAGACCCAACAACCAAGUAGUCAAAUUUGAUAUUAUAGUACUUCUAAGAUAUAAUCUGAAAAUAAUGAGAAAUUUCAGGAAAACUGAGUUAGCCUGGCAAGCUUGCUUCUUAUUAGGGUUUAAUCUAACCAGUAACCAAAGUUGUCAAAUAAAUAUAGUGGAGUGAAAAGUAUGAUAUUUGCUUAUGAAUUAUUGUGGAGUUGAGGUAGAAAGUAGUAGUAGAAAAAGAAAAAAAUCAAGUAAUAAGUACAAGUACCUCAAAACUCCACAUAAGUGCAGUACUUGAGUAAAUGUACUUAGUUACCGUACUUUCGACCACUGGGUUUAGGAUCCGGUCAUCCCAGGGCAGGUACAGGUGCCUUACAGCUUAGGCUAAGCUAUGUGCUUUUUCAAGUUUUUUUGUGUAAUCUUGCCUGAAGGACUUUUGAUGCUGAGUAAUAUAACUUUCACUUAAGUGUAGUCAUUUGCAGGUUUACUUUUUACAAAGUGAAACACAUUUGCCUUCCAGAGAAAGACAGAAUAUGCACUCAGCCUCAAAAACAUGAGAUGACAUCACAGUCAGUGAGAAAACUGCACAACCAUUGACUACAGUGAUGGUGUGCCACAAGUUUUCUACUUUGAGAUCUGAUCGGUUUUUGAGAUCUUAUAGUUGUGUAUGUUGUGUAUGCUGCAUGUUUUACCAUGUUUUGAGAAGAAAGACAUGCAAGUCACAUUCUUUUAUUUUGCAAACUGUUAAUUUGAAUACUGUAAUCUUUGGUUUCUGAAGGUUUUCUUUAACAAUUGUUGUUGCUCUUACACCACACACAAGUGGAAAAAAAAAGAAAGAAAAUUCUUGCAAUCAGAUAUCUUAAUCUUUUAAACAGGAAGAAGUGGUGAAAUCAGCUUUCUGUUUUCAAAAACAAGAUACUGUCUGUCUCUGAUUACUUCACUUAUGCUCACCUUUAGGGUCUCUUUAAACUGCUGGUGUAUUAAGCACAACAUUGUUCUUUCUAAUGAAUGCUGUACUCUUAAAAUGUUGUAUUUUUUUUAUAUGACCUCUGCCUAUAAUACAUAAGAUAUAUUUCAUCUGUUACUGAUUGAACAUGUUCAGGGGCACAUGUGGACGAGGUGUGUGGGUGGCUUUGUGGCUGAUGCAAAAAAGAAGAAAAACAUGAGCUUCAUGAUCAUUUGCAUUCUGAUUGUAUUACUCUAUUCACAUCAGCUAUUUCUGCAAAACUCUUUUGAAAAAGCCUGAUGUAAUCAGCAUGUCCUUUUCUGUCCUGUUUCUUGAAGGUUGUUGAAAAAAAAACUCAAGCAGUUUCUUCUCUUCCAUAACAUCCUUUCUCUUUUCUUUUUGGGAUAUUAUGUUUGUUUUCUUUAUUACACAGCUACACUCCCAUAUCUUGCAUAUCUGUACAAGUUCUAGUUUGGACUGAUAGCUUAUACUUGUGUUAAAAUAAAUCCUUAAAACCUAAA